AUGGCAGCCUUUGUUCAGACGUCUGCAAGCCAACCAGCACACGAGGUUAAACCGUGGACAGCUACAGCAACACCGCCGAGCCUACCGUCACGUCAACAUCGUGGCCACACAGGCUCUGCAACUUGGGCUCCAGUUGGAGCUGCUGCUGCCCUGGUUUCUCGGCGCCGGACCCGGAAUUCCACGAUCUUCCCGAAGCAGCGGCGGCGACUAGCCGUGGCAGCUCGCCUAUACAAGUCUGGCUUGUCCUUGCAGCAAUAUCUUGUAAGCCCGAACCCUUCCAACCCGCCAGACUGCAACGUGGCGACAGAUGCACACCCAGGUAUGUCGCUCUUCGACUAUGUGUGGAAGCCAAAGACGGUCGAAGACAGCAUCGAUGCUGGUGUUCAUCCAGCGGUUGCCAAGCUUCGAAUGCAAGAGGCCGGCAAGCAACGGACAGUAAACGAUGCCAUAGUUGGGAAGAGAUGGCACGGCCAGUCUCGAAAUGCUCCUGAAGUCGACGUCAACAAGAUGAGCACGAUGGACCCCACCUUUGACCCUUCGCAGUUCUUCAAGCAGUCCAAGAAGUUGGGAGUGCACCCGCUGGACUUCAUGGAAAAGAAAGUCAUGGAACCGUCAAUUCCUGGGGCUGGAAGCAGCAAGGACAAAAAGAAGGACAAGAAGAAGGAGAAGAGCAAAGACAAAAAGAAGAAGAAGGACAAGAAAAAGAAGAAGAAAAAGAAGAAGAAGUCGUCCUCCUCAUCUUCAUCCUCAGAUUCCUCUUCCGGAUCCUCGAACAAGAAGAGGAAGGCCGAGGAGGAGCUCCAGCAAUACCAGAUGCGAAUAGCAGAGGCCAGGCAAAAGCAGGUGGCUCUGGCAGAGUUGGAGCAGAUGAAGGCCCAGAGGAAGGCAGAAAAGGAGGCUGCCGCCAGGGCCUCGCAGCAACGCAUGGUGCCCAUGAGGCCUGAGGAAGGCCACGCCAUGGCCAGGCAACUGGAAAGACAGUACUUCUCGCAGUUCAAGGUGCUUGGCGGCAAGCAAAUGCCAGUAGUGGCGGACGACAUCGUUUUCUGGCACGUUCCCGGAUCCAAGGGGAAGCCAUACAACCCGAAAGGAUUGGAGGGCAACGUGGUGUCGGUUAUUGAGGAUGUGCACUUGACACCAAAUCGACCAAUCCGGGUCAAGCUUUCCAAGGCGCCCGACAUGAAGGAAGGUUUUAAGGCUUUUGCAGCACAUUUCUCGCUCGACGAGAUUACUGUGCUGGAGGAAGCAGCACAGAGCCAGGAGAUGCGAGUUGUUGUUUUCUGCCAUGGGUCUGAUGUCCAGCAUGUCCUGGCAGUGUCGCAUCCCUUGCUAUGUGGUGAUGGAUCGUGGAAAGGUGGCCCUGACUGGGCUUGGAAGGGUGCCGCUUCCUGGAAGGGCGGCUGGAAAGGUGCCUGGAAGGGCGACUGGAAAGGCGACUGGAAGGGCGACUGGAAAGGUAACUGGAAGGGCGACUGGAAGGGCGACUGGAAGGGCCCUGCUCCUUCAACUGAGCGCUGCUCCAUUCAUGGCAUUCAGCGCGACUUCCUCUUCCUAGAGGACGAUGGCGAAGGCGGCAAGCGUUGCCUCACAGACUCUCCAUGUCCCACUGGGACAACAGCUCCACUGUCGUUGUCGGAGCGUGUCGCUGCGGCAGCAAAAGCAGCCGCGAUCAAGGAGCAGGAGGAGGCUGACAACUGGGCUGAAAACCAGAAUGCCGGAGCAUUUGGAGGUGGCAAAGGCAAAGACGGAAAGGGCCAAGGAGGCUAUGACUACGUGGUGCCGAGGCCUCCUCCGCCGGUGACUCCUACAGAUGCCCUCCGCGAUCUGCUGUGGGUCCUUCCGACGGAGAAGCCGAAUGGCGCAGUGAAGAUUGCCAGUGGAACGAUCGGCGUGUCUGACGCCUUUUUCAAAGAACGUGGCGAGCCACAACGAGACAACGAGGGCCAAGACACCGGCGGGAGCACGAUUUGGGGAUGCAUGGGGGAAGAGGAGAGAUGUGAGAUCUUGGUCGAAACUAUGCACCGCGAUCCGAGUCAGGAGGCUGCGGGUCGAGCAGUGGCCUGGGGUCAAGGGCUUGGCAAGCUUUGCCUUGACACGGCUGGACCGUUGGAGCCAUCUAGCUGGGCCAUCUCCGACUCCAGCUCCGGCAAGGAGCUCAGAAGACGGAAGGCUUACGCUGCGCCACCCGCCUCUGCAUACACGGCUCCGCCACCGAACUGGCAGUAUAGUGGCUGGAACCCAGCGGCCACCUGCUCCCGGUGGGGCGAAGUCCUCAAGUUCCUCUUCCUCGAGCUCUUCAUCCUCGGACUCCGAGGACAAAGGACGCAGCCUCGGACCUUGCACAUGAAACUCCUGAAUCUGAACAGGCAGGAAGUUCGCUUGUCCGAGGUGCAAAUAAAGAUAAAGAGGCAGAAACCCGAAAAGCUGCUGCUGAAGCGGAACUCUAGAUCUGUCGCAAUGCAGCACGCAGCACGCACCCUGAAGGCUGACAAGGCCGCAAAAGCCGCAGGCGGGCAGGUCAAUGGCGACCAGGUGGCAGCAACCGAGGACGCCAACGGCCCUUCAAAGACUGAAGAAAAGAAAUCGAAGAAGGAGAAGACUAAGACGAAAAGCAAAGGGACCGGCGAAGAGAAAGCUGCAAAAAAGGUCGCGCAGACGCAAACGAGGCGAGUCGUCGGCCAGCCAGCCAGAGCUAUUCUUCUGACCGACGGAAACACAAGAGACGAAGGCGUAGGUGAGGUACAGCCCCUGACGCUGCAGCAUCUCAAGGAUGACCGCUGGGUGAUCAACUUGCUCUAUGAUGGUGACUGCCCAUCCUGCAUGAAGCAGGUGGAAUUCUUGCAGAAGCGCAUGGACGAGAACCCCGAGUACGAAGGCCUUGUCGCACUGACGAACCUGCAUGCCCCAGAUUACGAUCCUGAGCUUUGUGGCGGAGUCGUUUUCGAGGAUGGCAUGCGACAUAUUCAUGCCGUGACACGAGACGGAGAGGUGAUCGCAGGUAUGGAUGUCUUCCGCAGAAUCUACAGCAUAGUCGGCAUGCAGUGGGUGCGGCACUUUGCUUUGUGGAAGAUGGCCAUCAUGGCCGAAGACAACAGCGAUGAUAUCUCCCUCAUGCAGGAUUUGACGUCCAUACCCCUCAGAAACCCGGUGGUAGAUGAUGAGGAUGAUGAUGCUCCGUCGCGAGUAAGGCUGAGCGCUGCAGAGCGAAACAGCUCUGGCGGAAGCAGAUCGAUGAAGCCUCCGACGCUUGACAGGAAGGAACCAGCUAGAAAGCCGCUCUCCAGACCAGCUUUUCAGAAUUAUGACUACAACGACGACUAUCCGCCAGAUGAGCCCUUCAGGUGGUCUGAUGCAUGGGGGCUUAUCUGUGGCUUGAUCCUGCUUGUUUUCAUCGUUUGUGUCCUAUCCUGGGCCUACUUGGAGGAUCUUCGCGAGGCUCGCGAGCUCGAGGAGGCGCGGGCAAGAGGCGUGGAGCUCUGA